GAACAUACAUAUUAUUGAGAGAGACUAACGAUAUGAAAAUAAUACUUUCCUACUGAAAAGUCAUUUUGAAGUAAAUGCAAAAUGUUUUCAAGUUUCGUGAAAAGUUCAAGAGUGCAGUCAUUGCUGAGUAAAAGUGGGAGAGGAAAUCAAUCGCUUUUUCACAAAAAACCAGAUUUUACAAAAAAUGCUUUUAAUGUUACCAGAGGAGAUUUCAAUUAUUUGCAAAAUGACCAUAUACACUUUUUCAAAAGUUUAUUAGGCGAAAAUAGAGUUGUUAUGGAUUCGUCGGAUUUAGAAAAGUAUAAUGUGGAUUGGUAUUUGCAAGUGAGAGGUAAUAGUGCCAUAGUAUUGAAACCAAAAUCAACCGAAGAAGUAUCAAAAAUACUCUCUUUUUGUAAUGGUCACAAACUUGCCGUUUGUCCACAAGGUGGAAACACCAAUGUUGUUGGAGCAGCGGUACCAGUUUUUGAUGAAAUAAUAAUAUCUACUGAGUUGAUGAACGAAAUUAUCGAGCUGGAUGAGGAAGCUGGGAUUCUGACUUGUCAGGCAGGUUGCAUUCUGGAAAAUCUUGAUAACUAUUUAUCCGAAAGGGGCCUCAUUGUACCUUUGGAUAUCGGAGCAAAAGGUUCUUGUCAUAUCGGUGGAAAUGUAUCUACAAACGCAGGGGGGAUGAGACUCAUUCGAUACGGCAAUAUGCACGGGAAUAUUCUUGGAUUGGAAGUGGUGCUGGCAAAUGGUACUAUCGUUGACUGUGUAAGCGCCCUGAAAAAAGAUAACAGUGGAUAUCAUUUGAAUAAUCUCUUCAUUGGAUCCGAGGGUUCUCUAGGUUUGGUAACGAAAGUAUCUUUGCAAUGUCCAUCACGACCAAAAUUCAGAAAUGUUGCAUUCUUUGGCUUACAAAAUUUCGACAAAGUUUUGGAAACAUUCACACUUAGUAAACAUAAACUGGGCGAGAUAUUAUCUGCAGUGGAGGUGAUGGAUACCCCUACGAUGGAUUUUAUUAAGGAACGGAAUAAUCAGAAAUCUCCAAUUGGAGACUACCCGUUUUAUCUAAUGAUCGAAACAUCUGGAAGUAACGAACAGCAUGACGAAGAAAAAUUGAACAUGUUUUUCGAAGAGACUUUGGAAAAGGAAUUGGUUUUAAACGGAACUGUAGCCAAUGAAACUAAUAAAAUUCAGGAUAUUUGGUCUAUACGCGAAAACAUUACAAAUGGUUAUAAAACAUGUGGAGCAGUGUUCUACUAUGACAUAUCUUUACCAACUGAUAAUUAUUAUACAAUUGUUGAUGAAAUAAGAGCUCAUAUGGGUAACUCUUGUGUGCGAGUUUUCGGAUACGGGCAUUUGGGUGAUGGAAAUGUUCAUUUACAAAUUCAACUCGAAGAGUACUCUGAAGACUUGAAGCGGCAUGUGGAACCAUAUAUUUUUGAACGAAUUGCAGCUUAUAAAGGCAGCAUUAGUGCAGAACAUGGAAUUGGUUUCAUGAAAGCGAAAUACUUGAAAAUGGUCAAACCUAAAACUACUUUGGAUUCAAUGAAAAAUCUCAAAAUUAUGCUCGAUCCUAAAGGAAUACUCAACCCCUACAAGAUUCUUCCUGAAUAAAGUCCACGUUCAGAGAA